GACAAGAAUCACUUCACGACAUCUCGAAAAAUCUCGCGAGAAGUGACAUUCAAGAUGGCUGCCGUAGAAGAAUCUCAAGAAGGUGAAGACUACUUGCUGGUGCCCCAUAGCCACUGUACCCAGUGCUACAGGCGGAGCUGUUUCGUCAAGCCGGAGUUGGAUGUCUCCUGUGAGAUGCAGGCAUGCCCGGCGGACUGCGGCGCUCGCUUUCACGCGUGCAAGCUGUCGGAGCAUGGACUUAUCUGCCCCAAUGAGAAGGCACCAUGUAUCAAUGCUGUCAACGGCUGUCCAAAAUGGAUGCCUCGAGGACAGCAUGCCAGGCACCUGGCCCACUGUCCGGCCAGCGUUGUGCGCUGUACCAUGGAGUGGAAUCGCUGGCCGGUGUUCUCCGUGGAGAGACAAUCCCACGUUCCUAUUGUCAAAGCCGAUGCUCAGGUGUACAAGGACCAGCUGGACAUUGCGCUGGCUCUAAGAGAUCAGAGGAUACUCAUGGAGACCAUGAAGGCGUCUGACCGGGCCAGGCUGGCGCUGAUGAGCAGCAUUAUUCAACAGUCUGUGUCAGACUCAGAGGCUUCGACGCCUUCAGAGGAAAUGGGUAGCUUUGCAAAGGAAGAGAACACAACAAGUGCCGAGGGUUUAGUAGUAAACUCGAGCGUCAUGAACGGUUGGGAGAAGCAAUCCCCUCCGAUGCCACCGCCCUUUCCCGAGAAUGAAAGCUCCAAAAGUGCCUCCAGCAAACUGUACAAGGCUACACUACAGAUGACCCAGAGCCUGUCAGCGGCUUUGGAUACUCUGAAUAAUGCUGCUUCUGCAGGUGGUAACACUAGUAGACAGGAAAAAGUCAAUGAGGAUACAGAGGAACUACAUGGUGCUGCUGCUGCCUCAAUACAUGAAGACUUGUCCAACGGGGAAGUCAGUGGGACAGAAAGGGAACCCAGUCCAGAUGAUGUGGCUGACGAGUUGCAGGACGUGGCACAAAAGGUAGACUAUUACACGCAGUUACUACACGAUACACAAAAAGCGGCAGAAAAUGUCGUGAUAACAGAAGAGGUGGGGGCGGAUGGUAAGCUCAAAGUUGACAUCAGAAGUAAUUGCGAAGAGCCUCCCAGCACAGAAGAAGAUUCAGUAGAAGAACACGAACCUGUAUUUUCGUGCUGGUACGAUCGACAAGGAAUCGCUCAUCGUUCUGUAAGCAUGUUCAGACCGCCAUCCACUUUUACACCGAGUCACGUCUUGGACAUGCGCUUCUUGGAUCCCAGGACCCAGCAGUCCAAGUGUGUGGGUACUGAGGACCUGGAGCUCGAUGAUGAGAUUGUCGGAACCAAAGCCGUGAGCAACUCUUUGAACUUCUCAGACAGUAAGGUGUCUGAGGAUGACCUGAGCGUAAUGUUAGAGGCCUGGUUCGACAUCUAUCCUCUCAAUGUUUACAGCAGGAAAGUGACUGAAUUUAAAAGAGAGGCUGCCGUGCAGACUGUACAGAUCCCUACCGCAGUGUUUGCCACAACGUCACAGGUUGGGCCCAUGGGAUCAGCACCGGCAGUAGACCACUCUAACACACUAGUUCUAGACCUCGUGCUCGAGUCUAUCACAAGGUAUCAGAACAAGCCGCGCACCAUGUACACAUUCGUAUGCGGACAGGAGUUUAGGAGAGACGAGUAUCCAUCACACUUCCAGAACGUACACAACGACAUUCACGGCGGCUUGAACGGCUGGAUAGAACAGCGGUGUCCCCUCGCCAUUUAUGGCUGCACCCACUCCCGUCGUAGGCUGUACCCCCACAAGAAGAAUGGCACCAUCAUCUUCCACCAGCAUCUGGAAAGUUUUGGUAUCAGGCCUCUCAUAGAUGAGAGUGUAAUAGAGUCACCUGAACCAUCAGAUUCAGAAUCAGAUGACAACAGCUGCGGGGUUGUCGGGAAGGUUGAAACAGGAGACAGGAGGAAGAGGCGGAAGUGGAGGGAUAGACUGAGCACUCUGCCGUUUGAGAUUCUACAGCACAUAGCUCUGUGUCUGGACAGCUUCAGUCUGUGCAACUUUUCCAUGGUCUCCAAGCUGACAAGAGAGGUUUGCUACAGCAUCCUGGAGGACAGGGGCAUUGUUGUGCAGCAGUGGGAGAAGAGGCGAUACAAGACCCUCUUCACAUGGCAAAUCUCUCACCAGAAAUGGUACUUCAGCACUGCCUUCACCCUGUGAAAGUCCUGGUACUAUGAAGACUCCCCCUCCAUGGCUGAACACCUCAGGAACUGCCCUUACAACAUCAGGCACAUACGCACCGAGCCGUACCCUGUCAUGAAGCUGGGGAAGAGGCAGGAAGGGCUGUUCUGGAAGAAACUGGCCCUGAGGAAGAUGAGGGAGAGAGAGAGGGAGGCACGGCUGGAGGGGAAAGGGGAUGUUGCUCAGCUCUGAUAUCCGUUGAAAUAGGAAAUUGUCCAACCCCAGGGUCAUCAUUAUCUUGAAUAUGUUUUCUCAAGCAUGUUUAUUUCAGCAAAUAUGUCAUAUUAUCAUAGUAUAGGACCUACACUAUGACCUUUCAUACCAGGAUUUGCAGAACGGGAUUCACUCAGCCUUGGAUCCAGAUUUGCAGACCUGGUGUGAAACAGUCUGAUCAGAGGGGGUAAAUGUUUGGAUCCACCUCAGUAGGUGGAUCAAGUCGGGAUCAGUCUCAUGCCUGAGUGGAUCCUAACUUGUGAAUCCUGGUAUGGACGUGGUCUGUGAAGACCUGACAUCUUUGCUAGAAUUAGGAGACAGGCUGGUUUUGUUCCCAGUAUCAGGAAACACAACAUUUUUUGUAAGCCUUAAAAAAGAUUACCCCAACCCCCCUACAACCAUUCUGUCUUAUUUGCAACUUUUUCUGUUGUUCCCACCAUCUGCCAAGUUUUGAAGAGUGUUUGCAAUGUGAUGCUAUUUCAUGUUAAUGCUUUAUGAUGUUGACUAUAUAUGUAACCAAUGUUAAACUCUUUCCUCUGUGUAUUCGUAGUGUUAGUUAUUAAUGAUAUUUGCCACUUGCUCCCUAUUAGUUACUUACGUAAAGCAACUCAAGAAAUUAUCAUAUCGAAUUUCUAAAGGAUUGUUGCAUAGAUCGUAGUUCAGACAUGGUGGUUACAUUUCAAACAGAAUAGGAUGAACGUUGGGGGAGGGAUUGUCAGUGCAAUUUUUGUUCUUCAAGUUAACUAUUUGUGUGACUUUUCUUCUGUAUCUUAUAACUUUUGGCUUCUGUCAGCUUUCCUGUGGAAGUCUGUUGUUUCCUUUUCAGUGCAAUUGUGUUUUUUCCAUUUCUACACUGUCUUGUCACUGGUUUGUCCCCUUUAAAUAAUGAUGUAUGGAUGCAAAUCUUUACACAAUAUUGUGAUACUGUCAAGAUAUUGAUGUAGACUUUAUGAAAGUUUUGUCUCUAAGUAAAACUAAAUGUUGAAUACUUAGCAAAUAGCAUAUACAUUGUACAUGUAGUUGAUUAUAGGAUCUAUUAUUUCCUGUUGCUGUCAUAAAUGUGCCGUUGUUGUUGUUUUUCUAAGCUUAAAACUCGAAACGAUUAAUAAAAACAUGGCCCUGGUUCCUACAUGCUCAGGUGGCCAAUCGGAAGUCUUCUACCUGCCAUAAUAUUAAACAGUUUAUUGACAGAUUAGAGCUGCAUUGCCAUUGGUAGUCAGUGAUACUGUAAAUUUUGACAUUUUUGCUGCGGUUUAAUCUUUGCAUUUUUCGUAAUCACUCCACUGUGAAUCCAUCACACCGUAAAAGUGACUCCCUUGUAUGACUACUGUACUGCAGAUUUGUUUCAACUGAAUAUUUAAAACGCCUUUAAAACAUCCUUUUCCAUCCUAUUACAAAAAAAAUCAUUGCAAAAGUAAAUUAACUUACAGUAACAUCCGUGUGGGAACAAUGUCACCUUAUUGUAGAAAUGAUGAGAUUUUGUUGCUUAAUUUGAUAAUUAGCAUCUCUCUUGUGAGUUUACUUAAACAUCAUUAGAAAAAGACUGAUAUGAGUAACAGAAUACAUAUACAGACAAAUACUGGCUGUCUGCAAUGCUUGUAGGACAAGUUUGUAGUUUGGUUACAAAUGUGGAUAUUUUGUAAUAGUAACACUAUGGGAGGAUGGCAACUUAGAACUAUGCAUAUGGAUAGACAAACAUGACACUGUAUUACUAGCAUAAAAGAAGAUCUGAACACAAAAUGUACUGCCGGUAAAUGUAACAUUCAGGAAGCAUUGUACAGACAGACAUAUAUGUUGAUUGUUUCAAGCAAUGUAAUGCAAUUUUCAUACUUAAAGUAUAGGAAUUGUUAUGUGCAGUACAGGUAUGGUAUUACGUCCCUAGUGUUCAUGGAUGUGGUUGUCUAUGAAAAGAUUUGAUGGGAACAUUUGAAAUAUACUAUUGAGGAACAGUUGGUGCAUAUUAAGUGUAUUGUAAAGGUAUCAGAAGGGUACUAAAACGUAACAAAAAUGCACCUAAAAUCUCUUCCCUGGCCACUUCCUGUUCUUCCAUAGCCUUUGACAGGUAUCAACCAGAAAACCUUUCAAAAUAAAUCUAAGACUGUAAUAGUAAAAUACAGUAUAACUGGUAUGGCAAGAACCAAUCUAAAGGGCCUGGUUUAGCAGAGCCUCCCAAGGUACAUCUAUCAGCUACAGGGGAGGCUCUACAUAGGAGAAUACAUGACAUAUGAUGUUGAUGAAGAAUGGUAUCUGUAACAUAUACAGUCACACCAUAUGCCAUAUGGUGCACUAGUUCUUACCGAUGUUGUAUAUGUGCCUCAACCAUUAUCACAUUAUGUAGUCCAGUGCCUUGUGAAACAUUGUGGUAGUAUUUGCAGUUUCAAUUAACAUUUUAUGUACCUGUUAAUUGCACAAUUGCAUGUGACAUUACAUAUUGUUCAUUAAGAGUACUCUACUGUCACUGUAUAUGGUUGUGACAGAAUGCUGGUCAAGGUCUCGAAGCUAUAUGUAGGGGCAUGGUUUAGGUUAGAAUAGUGAUUCUUACAUGCUUAUUGUUAUUGCUUUUAUAAUUAGGACAAUGUAUAAUUGAUUCUUGGAAAGUACAGUCAAACCUGUCAAAGAAGACCACUUGUUGGACUGAU